AUGGCUGUGGAUGCCCGUCUUAUGCCGUACUCUGCUCCAAACACACCCGAACCUCGCGCUGUCCGCUCGACUGCUUCUACACCUUCCCUGCGAUCCCGCGAUGGUACGCUGCCCAUGCUUGCCAGGAUGGACGGAGGCGGCAAUGUCAGAGUCGUCGUGCGCGUGAGGGCCUUUUUGAAGAGAGAACUCGAGCGCAGCGCGCGAUGUCUCGUCAAAAUGGACCCCAUAACCCAGCAAACGACGCUGCUUGCUCCAGACGAAGACGACCAGCCCGGCCCCAAAUCCAAGUCUCGCAAAGUCAUGGAGGACAAGAAUUUCACCUUUGACUCGUCCUUUUGGAGUCACGAUACAAAAGACGACCACUACGCCCACCAGGAAGACGUCUACAACGCUCUCGGCGAAGAGUUUCUUGACCACAACUUUGAAGGCUACCACACAUGCAUCUUUGCCUACGGACAGACCGGCUCUGGCAAGAGUUAUACUAUGAUGGGUACCCCUGACCAGCCAGGCCUCAUUCCUCGCACCUGCGAGGACUUGUUCGAGCGAAUCCAGGCCGCAGAAAACGAAAACACAAACGUUGCCUACAACGUCCGCGUCUCUUACUUCGAAGUCUACAACGAGCAUGUCCGUGACUUGCUUGUCCCCGUCAACACAAGCCUUCCACCCAACUAUCUCAAGAUUCGAGAAUCACCAACCGAGGGUCCUUAUGUCAAGGAUCUCACCGAAGUGCCCGUCCGCAGCAUCAAGGAGAUUCUGCGUCACAUGAAGAACGGCGACGCCUCCCGAACUGUGGCGAGUACCAAGAUGAACGAUACCAGUAGCAGAAGUCACGCGGUCUUUACCAUUAUGUUGCGCCAGAUUCAUCAUGAUAUGGAGACGGACGAGACGACAGAGCGCAGCUCACGUAUCCGACUUGUUGAUCUGGCGGGCAGUGAGCGCGCCAAAUCCACCGAGGCUACUGGUGCCCGUCUGCGUGAAGGCUCCAAUAUCAACAAGUCUCUCACAACUCUCGGUCGCGUCAUCGCUGCCCUCGCAGAUCCAAAGACGCUCCGGCCCGGCACCAAGCGCAAGGACGUGGUUCCUUACCGCGACUCUAUUCUCACUUGGCUACUCAAGGAUUCUCUCGGUGGCAACAGCAAAACUGCCAUGAUUGCAUGCAUUGCGCCGUCAGACUACGACGAAACACUAUCCACACUGCGCUACGCAGACCAGGCGAAGCGUAUUCGCACUCGUGCAGUUGUCAACCAAGACCAAAUGUCUACUGCCGAACGCGACGCUCAAAUCUCCGCCAUGGCCGAAGAGAUUCGUGCGCUGCAAAUGUCUGUAUCCGAUUCGUCGCGUCAACGCGAAAGGAGCGCCAAGGAUGCUGAGGAGCGCCUUGACGACUACCAGCAACGCGUCACGACAAUGCAGCGUCUCAUGGAAGAGCGAGGCAUGGUGGCUGAGAGCAAGAUCAAGAAGCUGCAGACGGAAAAUGAAGCUCUGAAGCUACAUCUCAAGCUAGCUAUCGAGGCUUUAAAGAACCCCAUCCCCAUUGUGGAAGUCGAGCCGGUUAAAGAUGACAAGGAGAAUGCAGCCCCCAGCAUUCACGAGGACGAAUUGGAAGAGGAUGAAGAUGAGUAUGAGUAUGACUCUGACAGCACAGUCAAUGGCGGCGACGAUCUACAGGAGGAAAUGCACCGCUACCUGCAAGACAUGGGCAAUCUCCGCAAGCUCAUUGGUGGCGAUUUAUUGCGCUUCAAAGACGAGACCACGGUGCGCAUGCCACUUGGUGCAAGGGAGAAUGUAUGA